AUGAAGUGUGUUUUGAUAUUGUUUUGUUAUUUCUCCUAUAUAAAUGCGUGGGGUCGCGGGGAUUUAGAAAAGUAUGGUCCCUUCCAAUUAGCACUGCAUUCGAAAUUAAUUAAAUGCGAUCACGAUAGGAAUCUGAAUUUAGACGUCAGCGGCAUAGACGUAUAUUUCUAUGAUUUUCCAAGAAACGACGUGGAAACUUUUACAAUUGACAACGCUGCGAGAGGAAUCCUCGACAUAAAGGAACUCGAUAAAACGAGGAAAUUCAUUAUAUUCGUUGCUGGAUAUAAAUCCAAUAUCAAUAAAAGAACCGAAGAAAGAGUUAGGGAUACCUUUAGAAAUUAUCCAAACAGCUACUUGAUUAUCCUUGACCAUUCAGAAUAUACGAACGAUAAGCAAGGAAAUAUCAAAAGCUAUGAAAGAUCAGUUAAAUAUGUUUACUAUAUUGGGAAGGCAUUAGCUCAUAUGUUAGUACGCUUAGAGGAAGGCGGCAUAUCUCCCAAAAAUAUGCAUUGCAUCGGUCAUAGUUUGGGUUCCCAGAUUUUAGGCAAUACUGGAGAAAUCUUUUAUAAUAUAACUGGAAAGAAGAUUGCUAGGAUAACGGCGUUGGACCCAGCCGGGCCUUGUUUUUCUAAUAGCCUAAUACAAGAACAAGUGAGAUCUGGCGUAGCAGAUUAUGUUGAAGUAUAUCAUUGUAAUGCAGGGGGUUUAGGGACAACUAGUGUUCUAGGAGAUAUAGAUUUCUUUGUAAACAAAAAAGGCCAAAGCCAACCGAAAUGCGGAACACCACUAAUACCAGGUGUAUUUGACUCUUCGAAAGCAGCGAAAUGUAAUCACAGAGCCUGCAUCGAUCUUUGGACUGCAACGGUUGCUAAUCCGAAUUGGUAUUUGGCCUGGAAAUGUGAUUCGUAUAAGAUGUUCAAGAAUGGCGAGUGUGCUGGUAAUGAUGUCACUAUCGCUGGGUUCUGGAAUCCUGGUAACGCGACAGGGGUUUACUACUUCAGAACUGAUGGCUAUGAAUACUAA